CCAAGCAGUUUAGAUGUCUUAUUGGUGUGACAGAUGCUUUACUUUAUGUUGUGCUCCUUGUGAGGAAUUUAAACUUGAAGAGUGCUGUAUGCAUGCAGGUCUGACAUGCCCUAUAAACCACCUUAAUUCUGUUACAGAAGUGGAGCCUUGUCAUUGGCUAAGACUCAAACCCCACACCCCUCCUCAUCCUCCUCCACCUCCUCCUCAACCCCCCUCUGUUGCCUGGGCAACCUGUCAGGGUGGAGGGAAAGUGCAAAGCAUUUGAGGGCAUAGCAUCUCUCCCCCCAUCUCUCUCUCUUUCCCUCUCUCUCUCCCCAUCUCUCUCUCUCGCUCUCUCUCCCCAUCUUUCUCUCUCUCUCUCCCCCUCUCUCUCCCCAUCUCUCUUUCUCCCUCUCUCCCCAUCUCUCUCUCUCUCCCAUCUCUCUCUCUCCCCUCCUCCCUGUAUGUGUUCCUGCCUCCAUUCUUCCUGAGCGCACAUUUCUGAAGGAGGAGGAGAGAGGUACCACUGCUGCUGAAGAGAGGGACUGCUGGAAAACCAGUGGCAGAGAGAGAGAGCAUUCUACAUAUCCUCAAUCUGUUCUCUCCUUCCUUCAUCCUUCCAUUCCCGUUUAUCGCCCCUCUUCCUCUCCUGUCCUCUUCUCUCCUCCCUCUCUUGCCUCUCUCCGUUUCUGUUCUGCUUCCUGCCAAGCGAGAGGGGGAUCCAUGCGAGAUGGGCUGUGGAAAUUCCUCAGCCGCCAGCACCUCUGGAGGGGGUCCUGCUGAAGCCGCCAAAGAUGUGACAGAUGAGCCCUCACCAGAUGAAAAAAGGAGGAACUAUGGCGGGGUCUAUGUGGGUCUGCCAGUUGACCUGACCGCCAUCGCAGGCAGUCAGUCCAAGUCCACACGCAAAGAUUAACAAAAAAUGGCAACCCACAAGGAUCUAAGUUACAGGAAAAAACGGUCUCAUUGCCAGACGUUCAAUUGGGAGUUGGAGCUGCUAUGAGGAGCAGUCUCACCUUCAGAAACCAGGAAAUACCUACAGUUAGGCUGUAGCCAAAUAGGCAAUAAAGACACGGACCACCGAGCAGGCAAAUCAACAGCAGGAGCUUCCCUACACAUCCUUCAGCCACUGUCGCAGAUUUCCACAAGACGGACGCAAAAACAGACGCUAUCGCAUGCUCUUUCAAACACCAAGGAAGCAAAGGCUGAUCUUUCUUUGUGUGUGUGUGUGUGUGUGAGAGCGUGCACGUGUGUGUACGUGUGUGUACCUGGGUGCGUGCAUGCGUGUGCGUUUGGAAUGUCGACUGGCUUGAAGGUCAGAGAGACCUUGAACAAUGUGCGUGCGGAGAAAAUGGCCGCCAGCGACAUCAGAACAAAAGCACCGGGGGGGACAGCGAGGGAAAGGUUGGCUAAAGAUGGAAGUCGGGGUCCCAGGUGCCGGGUGCGAUGGACGUAUAGGCGGGGCCUGAAGCAAUGGGAGUGUUAGGGGCGAAUCUCUGGUGGCACUAAAGAGGCUUUAUCGCUGCAAGAACCCUCAGGCACUCUGACAGCCCGAGCGCAGCAGCGUAAGAGCAACUCAGACAACUGGAGGGGUGUGAAACAAACCUCGCUGCUGUCACAUCAGCUCAGGA